AUGUCAGUUGGAUACAUGAUGUUGAUAUGGGAUAUAGCUCCGUUAAAUGCAUUUCGAAAAGUGUUUUGGUUGUUAGUGGGUACCCUUCAACCCCCAUUGAAAUAUUGGAAUUCCAUAUGUCGCGAUAAAAAAAUUGAAAUACUUUUGUUAAUCAAAACAAUCUAUAGGAAAACAGUUAUAUCAUACAAUAGUUCAAAAAGAAUCAUGAGUUCAGAAAUUGAAGGUAAUUGGGAUAUAAUAAUAACAUCACUACAAGAUAUAUGUGCAUCCAAUGAAAGUCUACCAUUUGAUUCAAUACAUAGUGUUGACAAAAAUCAAGAUGAAGCCCAAUACUAUAAAAACCUUUCCCUGCAUGAGUUAACCAAAUUGAAACAAGAUAUAAUUGAUCAUAAAUCAAAUAUAGGUACAGCCAAAAGACUCAUUGAUACUUCAAUGGAAAAUUUAUCUCGAUUAAUUGAAUAUCUACAGAAAGAAGAAUUGAAAAAGAAGCAGCAAAAGGAAAAAGACAAAGAACGUGAAGCUAGAGUCACUAUUGAAGAAGAUGACAAAGAAAGUGACGAUGAUGAUGAAGAAGUAGAUGACGGUGAAGAUGAAGUACCUAUUGCAUCAACUACAAGACGAAGAGCAUCAUCAUCCUCCUCCAAAUCAGGAACACCAAUGACACAAACUGCAUCAACUCAUUAUCGACGCGGAGCUACCGAACCAUCAAAACCAACUACAUCCAAGGCCACAUCAAAGAAAUCAGGUAAAGCCAGCGGUGGCAAAGGUAAUACUUCCAAGACUUCUGGAGCUAUAGGCAAGGGCAAAAAAUUGAAAAAAGUGGGUCGAUCAUACUGGACAUCAAAAUACAAUCCAUCCGAACCCAUUUACCUUGGUAGUGAAGUAGCAUUCAAACUUCGUAAUCGAAUCAAUGAAUGGAUCCAAUGCGAAGUUGUCAAGAUUAUCGGUGAUGGAAUUAAAUUUGAAAUUAGAGAUCCUGAACCCGAUGAAAACAAUAAUCCUGGGCAUACAUUUCGAGCCAAUUAUAAGGAAAUUUUGUUGAUUCCUACUGAAGAGGUAGCUCGAGAUUUGAUUAAUUAUGCUUAUGGAACUAAAGUAUUGGCAAGGUAUCCUGAUACAACUACUUAUUAUUCAGCUAUUGUUGUCGGGCACAAGAAGGAUGGUAACGUACGAUUAAAAUUUGAUGGAGAGGAAGAAGUGAAUAAGGAAUGCGAAGUUGAAAGAAGGUUUGUAUUGCCUCUACCGCUGAAAUAA